AUGUAUAAUUUUCUAAUAUAUUUUAAAUUCGAAUUAAAUAACAAUCUUACAAGUGACAUUAAUUAAAUCAUUUUUUUUUUAAUCGAAUUAUAUAAACUUUUUCUUUUAUUUUCAUUUUGCAUUGAAAAUUUUACAACCUUACUCAAUCUUCUUAUUUCUAUUAAAUAUCCAUCCAUAAUUGGGAAGACAGAUUUCAUCAAUUUAAUUAGAAAGGACUUAUUCCAAAUGCUACUAUUAUUCAAAGAAUCUAAUGUACUAUAAAUAGAUUUCUUGUUUGAAGCUUUUGUAAAUCAUCUAAAAUUAUUUAAAGGUAAGUUUGCAGUUGUAAAACAUAAGCAAUUUCUUUUUCUUUAGUACCAAGUCGUCGACUAAUAGAGAAAAAAGUCUUAAAAUUAAUAAACUUUCUACGAAUUCAAAAGUUUAAUUACAAGCCUUCGGAAAAGACUCAAUGAUAGUUUCUGGUGAACAGAGAUAGCAACUAAUACGCUUUGAGAGAAGUAUUGUGUGAAAUGGAUAGAAAACAAUCAGGAGAAUAGAAAUAUGUUUACAGGUGCUUCUACAAUACUUUUUUAUUAGAAGGUAGACAGAAUGUCAUAUAAGUUGUCUAUUGAUCGAAUUCAG